AUGGUCCAGGUCGUCAACCAACUCCGCUCCGACGAGGAAUCUGAAUACAUAGCUCCCGACGAAGUCUUGCAGGAUAUCGAUGACUUCAUCUACAAUCACCCCAUAGCUCGCUCUCUGCGAACAGAUGAGCGCUUCACCGAAUCGCGACCCCACCUCAAGAUUCCCCUGGAAUUGCGCGCCCACAACCUCACUGCCGGAACUCUGUCUGGCGCCAAUAAGAUCGCUGUACCCCCUUACACCUGGACGGAGACGGGUGGGAAAAGCCUCGUUGCGAUGCUAUAUCUGGGUUCGGACGUUUCUGGCCACCCGGGCAUUGUCCAUGGCGGCCUCCUCGCUACCAUUCUCGACGAAUUUCUCGCGAGGUGUUGCUUCUCUGCUUUACCCAAUGGCAUUGGCGUCACUGCAAAUUUGAACAUAGACUACCGCAGCCCGGCGCUUGCAGGGUCGUUUUUCGUUGUGCGCGCUAAUACGGUGAAGGUUGAAGGGCGCAAGGCAUGGGUUGAAGGGAGGAUUGAGACUCUACCCGAUGAGGGGCGGGAGCCUCUUGUUGUGGCUCAGGCGAAAGCGUUGUUUGUCGAGCCGAAGAAUGCUGCUGGAUUACCGACUUGA